UACAAAAGUCAUGAUCACUAUCGCAAUAACUGGUGGAAGCGGGUUUCUAGCUGCGCAUCUAAUUUAUCGCCUGCAAUACCGCACAGACAUUAAAGAAAUCAGAACCAUCGACAGAAAGCCUUUCAAACAAUUGGAAGGCCUAGAAUUUCUUUCAAUUAAUGAGAAAAGUUCGCCCAGACUAGUACAUUAUAGAUUGGAUCUUUUGGACGCUAAAAUGCUGGAAAAAGCUUUAUACGGGGUUGACUUGGUUUUUCAUCUAGCUAGAAAAUCGUUGGAAUUGCUUCAAGUAGGAAAUCAAAGACUAUUGGAUGAUGAAUACAUCCGAGAUAAUCUUCUAGGUAUUCUUGAACAAUUAAUUGAUAACAAAUCUGUUCAGCAACAAGAUCACUUUUGGAUACGAUUUUCAAAUUGUGACAAUUUUGGCACAUCGGAGGCAAUUCAUUGCUCAUUGCCAAACAAAUUUCUUCUAGGAAAAUAUGGUGAAAGUCGCGCAAAGGCUGAAUUAGAAGGGAGACAACGGUGUGGAAAACCACUUUCAAAUGGUUUACAUAUAUCCUUAUCAUUACUACAAUAUUUUAUACUAGGGAAAAUAUUUCACGCUGUUUUCCUCAGGGCUGUUCACAUUUAUGGCGAAGGCGAGUUGAAAUUACCGAAAGCAUUGCAGAGGAUAGCAGCUAAUUAUGGCGGUGUAAUCCCCACAUUGGACGGCCAUUCGAAUGGAAUGCAUCAAUUUGUAAGUGGUUAG